AUGUGGUGGAGUUGUUGGGUUCGAACCAGUACAAGGUGGAGUAUGUCAAUCUGGUCAAAAACAGAGGAGGACGAGUCGGAGCUUCUGAUCGAAACGGUCUCCGGCGAGUUCAUCCGGCCAGUCCCGCCGCGAAUCCGCUUUGGCAGAGUGACGGGGAAGAAGGGGAUGAUGUACCAUGUCUACUUUGAUUACACAGGGGAUGAGAUUGCUUACCCUGUUUCGAAGCUGCGAGUUCAUCUUGAUUGGUCGAACGGGCGGUGGGUUUCGCCGGAUAGAAGGAAGAAACGCGUCCGCGAUUCGUCGCGAUCGGAGCCGGCCAGGAGCGCUCCGACUCGUCCUGCUUCCAUGAGCAUGGAAAAGGAGAAGAAGAUGAGAAGGAUUUCUGAUAUGGGAAUUUUGAUGUGA